GAACCAGUACAACAUAAUACAGAAAUGAGAAAAUCAAAGCAUGAGAUCCAGACUUCAGAAAAACUUGAAGCAAAAGUGGAACAAAAUGAAAAGCCUAAAUUCUCAGUGUUAGAGCUUUGCAAAAAAUUUGAAAGUCAAGACAAUGAAUCAGAUCUAAAACCAACAUCUACGAGUUCAAGUGCAGAUAAACGAUUUUCAUCGCAAUUGGAUGAUGUUACUGUGUCACCUCGACAUGAACCAAAUAAGUCUCCAGCUCCAAGUAGACGUCCUCCACAGCCUCCACCAAAGCCACAUCGUAUUAAGCCACAGAACGAGGUAGAAAGAAGACCCAGAUCAGCAGCAUUCUCAAUGCGUGAUAAGGAUGAGCUACAAAGCAAGCUAAGUGUAUGCUUUUGUGAAGAGAAUCACAGUAGUCUUCUAAGUCAAGAGAGUACAGCAAAUCAGGAAUCUACAGAGGAAAACAUUGCAAAUGAAGAUUCGCCAGAAAUAAUUGAAUGUGAAGUAGCACCAGAAGAAGGCACACUAGAUGAAGGUGAUAUUCAAAUGUGUGAAGCCCCAAAUGAAAACACACCAUGUGAAGAUACACCACCAAAUGAGGGUAUUAAUCCAAAGGAAAAUGAUUCAAAUGAAACUGCAGUUGUAAAAGCAGGUAUUGAAGCUAACGUUUCUUUUAAUGGACUGCAAAACCAACCGCUUUUUAUUUCUAAUGAAUAUGCCACUGAGGUAAGCAUAAAUGCAGUCGAGAAAAGGUUUGGUCGUCAUGUUGCUGAAGCAUUUGGAAUCGCUCUACUAUAUAUGAAGAAACCUGGCCAAUGGUUUGUCAAAGUGAUUAAGAAGAAAAAUCGCAAAUCAAUAAAAUCUAAUUAAACUAACUAGGUCUAACUAUUGUAUUUGUAGUUAAUUAUUUUGCCAAUUUCAUUCCAUAAUUAGUAAUUGCUCUGUAGUAGACUAAUUUUGGUUUUCCCCCCAUUUUUUGUAUUAUUUUGGCUCAG